AUGAGGGCGGGGACGAUGUUCGCUCAACUCUCCGUCCUGUCGCUUCACGGCUCGUCAGCACCACCCCUUCUAUUGUCGCCUUCACAGUCACCGGUUCCCUCCUCUUCUGGCGGUGGUGGUGAUACUGGCACCGGAGGGAAGAGCUUCCUCCUCAAGUGCUCCUCUGUGAGACCAGCUUCGCUUAAUUGCCACGCUUCUUCGGGAAGAAGACGGUUCCUUUACACGACUCUGUUGCCUGUUCUGCUUCCUCUUCUACACGACUCAUCUUCAACAUCCGAUGCUCUUGCGUCAGGGGUAAUAGAUGGCUAUUCUUCAAGGGUGAGGAGUGAAAUAAGGAAAGUAAUGUCCAAAGCAAAGGCAGCUGGUGUUCUUCGCCUGGCUUUUCAUGAUGCGGGAACAUUUGAUGUGGAAGACAAUUCGGGUGGUAUGAACGGAUCCAUUGUUUACGAGCUUGACAGACCUGAAAACGCUGGUCUCAAGAAGUCCGUAGAGGUUUCCUUAAUCGUGAUCUCUAUUUUAGACUCUUUGAAACUUUCACUGACGUGA